AUGGAGAAGACGAUGCGCUGGUGGUCAGACUGCACCGCCAACUGGCGGGAGAAGUGGAGCAAGGUGCGUGCCGAGCGCAACAAGGCCCGAGAGGAGGUGCGCCAGCUGCGCCAGAAACUGGAGACCCUGACCAAGGAGCUGACCGGCCUGAGGCGGGAGAGGCAGGAGGUGCUGAAUGAGAAUGAGCAGCUGGGCAAAGAGGUGGCCCGGCUGAAGGGAGAGGGCAAAGGGGAGAAGGAGAAGGAGCUGGACAACCGGGUCGCGUCCGAGAAGGAGAGCGAGGCCUCCCCAGAGCAGGAGCCUGUGCGGGAUGUGGGCUCUGAGAGGCUGCCGAAAAACAAGGUAAGUAGGGGGAUCGGGGCACAAGUGGCCUGUUUCAUAUGGAGGACUCGUAGGGAUAGAGGAAGCUGCCUCAUACCAGUCCAUUUGGUCCAUCUCGUACAAUAUUAUCCACACUCUGGGAUUUCAAGUGAGAGUGUCUCCCAGCCCUGACUGGGGGUUGAACCUGGGACCUCUUGCACAUGGCGCAAGAUGCUCUGUCCCUGAACUGCAGCCCUUCCACUGAAAACAAAUCAGGGUUCCAGACCUCAUGGUUGUGAAGAAAGAGAUGACUUACUUACUUAUAGGGGAGAAGAGUCAUUGUAGGGUUAGGGGAAAGGCCUGUGUGUUUAUCUCGUGCCCCAGUAAUUGCACCAAGCAAGUGCAAAGUUUCAACUGCACAACCUUGCCAAAGUUCCUUGUGAGCAAUUCUCAAUAAAUAGCCUGGAAUUCAGAACUUGAACAGGUGGAGCUUUUCGCACCAGUUAUUUCAGUGCCAGGAACAGCUUCAGUUAACUGCAUUCUGCAUAUUUAAGGUGCAAGGGCUGUUUUAAAAGGUGGCAAUCUUCUCCAUGCAUGACAGGGAGGCCUUGAGGAGGUCGCAUGGAAAGUGGGGCCAGCCAGGAUAAUUGUCAGCAGUCAUUUAACCUGUCAGUUUAUUUCCUCUUGUUUAGCACAACAAGCCACACCAACUUCUGGUAUCCAAAUACUUUUCCUGUUUUAUAUCUUGAUUUACUGAAAUACAAGUAGAGCAAGACAUUUUUGUGGGUGUACAAAUUUCUUUGGGGGUUCUAAAAACCCAGCAUUUUCACAGAAAGCCAGAGAAAGGUCUUUGCAGACCCUCAUUUGUCUUUUGCUUUUACCAAUCCUCUGGAUGCCGUGCCUUGGAUUGCUUGCCAGUGUGGUGUAGUGGUUAAGAGUGGUAGUCUCGUGAUCUGGUGAACCGGGUUCGCGUCUCCGCUCCUCCACCUGCAGCUGCUGGGGGACCUUGGGCUAGUCACACUUCUUUGAAGUCUCUCAGCCCCACUCACCUCACAGAGUGUUUGUUGUGGAGGAGGAAGGGAAAGGAGAAUGUUAGCCGCUUUGAGACUCCUUAAAGGGAGUGAAAGGCAGGAUAUCAAAUCCAAACUCCUCCUCCUCCUCCUCCUCUUCUUCUUCUUCUUCUUCUUCUUCUUCUUGCCUUGAACGUCUCUCUGGCCUUUUUGUUUCCCCUCCCAAAAAACUGAAUAUUUUGGGGGGGAUGAGGAGGCUUUUACAAAGCAACUGAAAUGCGAAAUAAUGAGGCGUUUUGCUGUGAGAAAGUGCAGGGAUGGGAAUUUUGGCUCCCAUAAAGAGCCAGCUGGUACACAUCAAAAGGAAAUUGCUUGGACUCAAAGGCAGAGGCCGAUGGGAACUGAUGGCUGAGAAGAUAAUUUCACAUAUGCAGAAUAUAGAGGGUAGAGCAAUUUGUCGUCUUCAGAGUAGUUACAAUUUGCUAAACUCCUCCCUGUUGCCUGUGCUCUAGGACGAUGGAAUCGCUCUAUGGUGUCUUGGUUUUACUGGCCAAGCACAGCACUUUGGGCAGAGAGUUGCAAUCAGGGCUAAUGGGCAACUCAUUCACCUUCGCAUUUCGUUAUAUUUAUACUCAACACUCUUAGAUGACAAUUUGGCAGGUUUCAUUGAGUACCAGUAAAUUGCCUAGUUCAGGCAAUCCUCCAGUCAUUGUGUGAAAUACCAGAAAUAAUCCUUAGGUUCUCUCUCUCUCUCUUUCUUGCAUAGCUUCACUCGCCAUUGUUUUGUUCCGGUUGCCAUGAUGUCCAAAUCUGUAACUAUCAGUUGCACUUGCAAACCUGAAUUGCAAACCAUGGUUUGAGGUGGAAUUUCAAUUCCAUUUUGGAGGACAUUGGAAACCAUGGUCGAUUCAGAUACAGGGACACAGGAAGCUUAAAUAGGAAGCUUAUUUUGCCUUAUACAGUCAAAAUGAUUGAUCUGUCUAGCUCAGUGUUGACUACACAGACUGGCAGGAGCUCUCUACAGUUUAAGGCAGGGGUCUCUCCCAGCCUUCCCUGGAGAUAACCAGGUGUGGAACCUGGAACCUUCUGCAUGCAAAGCAGAUGCACUGCUACUGAGCUUCAGACAUUCUCUUUUUCUUUUUUUUUUUAAAGAAUAUUUAUUCCAAUUUUAAGAUUACAUAGAGAGAAAAAAGCAAAAAAAGAAAAACAAAUCACAUACACCCUACAGAAAAAGAACAACACACGAUACAGAAAAAAAUACAAAAGACAAAAAAUCACAAUACAAAAAUAACAAAAAUCAAAUUAAACCAUUAAGAUCAUUUUCCCAUUUACUUAUUUCCGAGACUUCCUCUCACUUCUCUGCUUUGUAUUCUAAUUUAAGUCGUAUCUCCAGCAAACCCUUCUAACCUUCUUUUCAUUUACUUAAUUUAACAUUCAAAAAUAUUUAAUUCUCCUCUAUUUUUUAUUUUACACUACAUAUUUACUUAUUCCAUUAUACUCUGUCUGCCAAUACGGUCUAAUAUUCUUCUCCAACCUUUUCUAACAUUCUUUUAUAUUACAGUAUUUCUGAAGGUAUGUUUUAAAUUUUUUCCAAUCUUCUUCCAUCGACCCUUCUUCUUGGUCUCGUAUUCUGCCGGUCAUCUCAGCCAGUUCCAUAUAGUCUAUCACUUUUCUCUGCCAUUCUUCUCGGGUAGGCAAUUCUUGUGUCUUCCAGUAUUUCCCAAUGAGUAUUCUUGCCGCUGCUGUCGCAUACAUAAAGAAAUUCCUGUCUUCCCUUCGCACCAAUUAGCCGACCAUGCCCAAGAGGAAGGCCUCUGGUUUCUUCAAGAAAGUAUAUUUCAAUACCUUUUUUAGUUUUUUUUAGUUCAUUAUAUAUCAUUUCCCAGAAGGCCUUGAUCUUUGGGCACGUCCACCAAAGGUGGAAAAAAGUACCUUCAUUUUCUUUACAUUUCCAACAUUUAUUAUCAGGCAGAUGAUAAAUUUUUGCUAGCUUGACUGGGGUUAAGUACCACCUGUAUAUCAUUUUCAUUAUGUUUUCUCUUAAGGCGUUACAGGCCGUAAAUUUCAUACCUGUGUUCCAUAACCGUUCCCAGUCAGCAAACAUAAUAUUAUGCCCCACAUCUUGCGCCCAUUUAAUCAUAGCAGAUUUAACCAUUUCAUCCUGUGUAUUCCAUUUCAACAGCAGAUUAUACAUUCUUGACAGAGCUUCAGACAUUCUCCAUGGCAAAUUAUGUUUUAUGAUAAACUGAAAAUGAAGGUGUGCUGGAGAGAGAGGAAAAGGGUGCAAGGGAGACCGUGGCUCAUUUCCUGUCCUUGAAACCACGGUUUGGAGUUGCCAUCCCUUCCCAACAUGUGACUGCGAGUCUUGAAUAGAGCUUCUACCUUCCCCCUCCUUCUCUCAGUCCCCUACGCAGCACAUAGGUUCUGCAUUAAGUUUUCCCUCCUAGCAAACUUUUAUUCCUUUACAGAAUUUCGACACUUUCAAGUUCAAUGAUUCCUUCUUUGCAGAUAGAAUGUUCGUGAAUAUUCUGUGACAUCACAGCAGUUCAGCCAAUAGCACAGGAGCAGCUGCUUGCAAGCAAAUGUUUUGUGUGUGUUUAACACGAGAAAUUAUAGAUAAUUAAUCGCCCCUGAUCCAAUCGGCAUUGUAACUUUGUUUGUAUGUAUGUCACUUUCCAACAAUAAACAUAUACCUAAAGAAUACACUGCAGCAUGUAGAACAUGCUAGAAUAGCCUUUGCCAGCCUGGUGUCUUAUAGUUCUUUUGGCAUAGUUCUGACUGGGGCUGAUGGCAACUGCGGUCCAAAACAUCUGGAGGGCACCAGGUUGGCAAAGGCUGCACUAUCAUAACAUUGCUGUUGUUGUUGUUGUUGUUUAGUCGUUUAGUUGUGUCCGACUCUUUGUGACCCCAUGGACCAGAGCACGCCAGGCACUCCUAUCUUCCACUGCCUCCCGCAGUUUGGUCAAACUCAUGCUGGUAGCUUCGAGAACACUGUCCAACCAUCUCGUCCUCUGUCGUCCCCUUCUCCUUGUGCCCUCCAUCUUUCCCAACUUCAGGGUCCAGGGAGUCUUCUCUUCUCAUGAGGUGGCCAAAGUAUUGGAGCCUCAGCUUCACGAUCUGUUAGUGAAUUUCCUGGCAACUGGCAACAUUCACUAGAAAAAUCAUAAUAGCCCCUCCAGUUUCUCCCAUGCACAUUGUUUUGUUUUGUUUAUAAACAGUCAUCUAAGUAAAAGCCAUUAUAAGAUCAUGAAGCAAUCAUUAAUAUCUGCCCAUAUCCUGUUUUACUUGUGUGUUUCACCUUGCUGUGCAUGUCUAGAGCAGAAAUCCUGCUAUGCAAGCCUCGCUUUUCCAGAACGCAUCGAUUUGGAGGACUGAAACAAGUUCCGCUCACUCAUAGACACUUCUCAGAGAGGUGGAAGCAGCUUUUCCCUGAGGAGAGCGAGCUCUGGUGUUCCAGCCCUGGAGUUAGUGGUGCGUUCCUGGCCAGGGUUGCUGCUAAGCCACCCACAGGCUUAGCCGUAAUCCAGGGUUGUCCUCAGGGUAAGGUGAGAGUGGGAGUCGAAACCUGCACACUGGUAAUCAGCUGUCAAGCCCUGCGUGACUUUGUCAUUUCAAAAAAGCAUUUUAUUGCUUUUUCACAUAUAAUAAACAUAAUUUAAAACGCAAAAAACAAUUGCAGCUAGUCUCUCAUCUGUAUUGAGAAAAAAGCGCAACAUUUUAGAGCCUGUUUAUAAUACAUGUUACAGUCUCUGACCCAGUAGGUCUCUGCUUCCGUGGGUCUGAGGUUGUCUCGAUUGACCAUCACAUCUCAUAUGGGGAAUGAACAGGGUGGAUUUGAUUUAAAUCAAAUCAAUUUAAAUCACGAUUUAAAUUACUAGUCAGUAAGACUUGAUUUAAAUCUUUUUCUUUUUUUUACAGAAAAACUCAUUCUUGGUAGUAUAAUCUUAAUAUUUAAACCAGAUGAAGGUUUUAUUUUUGGAAUAAUAAAUUUUCAGAGUAGUUUUUACAGUUAUGUCAAAAAUUACUGAUUUGGUUAUACUAUAAGAAAGACAUAGACAGAUAAUUAUGAAAUUGUUGUGAGGUUUAAUAAGUUAACUGUAUACAUUUGGACAACUUUUCUGCUGCACUUUAUUGGAAAGAAAUAUAAUCAUUUCCGUAAUAACAAUUUAAACAAUUUAUUUAAGUAAAACAGUAACAUUAUAGCAUAUGUACCCAUGUUUGUUAACUGAUGUGUUAAACAUUUAAAGAAAAAACUUAGAAUGAGUUUUAGCACACAUAAAAAACUUAAAACAAAUCCUUAUUUACUGAUGAAUAGCCUUUGGACAAUAAGGUAUCUUAAAUAGAAAACUACAGUAUAUUUAGAAAGAUUUUUCCUCCAAAAGCAUUUUAUUUUUAAAAUCCAAUGUAUUUUAAAAAAAAAAAUCCAAUGUAAAUUUUAAAAAUCCAGUUUUGUGGUUGUUGUUUUUUUAAAAAAAAUCAUUGAUUUUUAUCCACCCUGGGGAUGCAUGUGCUAUAGAAGGAUAAAGUACUCGCCUUGCCUCUGGCUGCCCUGACCUGGCAAGUCAAUUUCUCGGCCAGAACAACGGACCACACCUGAGCAUACCAUGAGUCUGUAGACAGGCCUGACUUUGGCAUUUGUGACCUCUUCUUAUCCGCAGUCGCUACAGGAGUUUGAGCUGAUGGAGAACCUCCUGAAGAGCAAGCAAGAAGGGCAGGAGUGCUGGGACCAGCGGAGCACAGUCAGCGUCCGCUCAUCUUUCGCCCGGCAGGAGAGGAGCCGGCUGCUCUGGGAGGAUGUCUCCGUCAUCGAGGAGGACGCCACCAAGAUCAUGGCCCUGAAGCUGAGGCUGGACGAAUCCCAGAAAGUGCUGCUCAAGGAGCGGGAGUGAGUGCUGCCUGUGCCACCCCCCUCGCUUGCUGAGGAAGCGCCCACAGUGUGGCCCUCAGUCUUGCCCUUUGUGUUGUUGUUGUCUCUUUCAGGGACAAGCUGUCCCUCAGCAAGAACAUCGAGAAGCUAGAAGGGGAGCUGAGCCAGUGGAAGGUCAAGUAUGAGGAGCUGAACAAGAACAAGCAGGAGGUGUUGAAGCAGGUGGGCAAGAUCUGUAGCAGAAGGCCCCAGGUUCAGACCUCAGUGGCAUCUCUAGGUAGGGCUGGCACAGUCCCCUGCAGGAAACUCAUAGCUAAACUGGAAUUGCAUUGUUCCGGCAGUUGGCAGCAGCUACGCUGGUGACUGGGAGUGACCGCUGAGACCACAUAACACCGGUUCUGAAAGACCAACAUUGGCUCCCACUACAUUUCCAAGCACAAUUCAAAGUGUUGGUGCUAACCUUUAAACCCUAAAUGGCCUCGGCCCAGUAUACCUGAAGAAGCAUCUCCACCCCCCAUCGUUCAGCCUGGACACUGAGCUCCAGCGCCGAGGGCCUUCUGGCGGUUCCCUCACUGCGAGAAGUGAGGUUACAGGGAACAAGACAGAGGGCCUUCUCGGUAGUGGCACCUGUCCUGCGGAAUGCCCUCCCAUCAGAUGUCAAGGAAAUAAACAACUAUCUGACUUUUAGAAGUGUUUUUAAUAUUCUGUUGGGAGCCACCCAGAGUGGCUGGGGAAACCCAGUCAGAUGAGCAGGGUAUUUUUUAUUAUUAUUAUUAUUAUUAUUAUUAUUAUUAUUAUUAUUAUUACAAGAGGCAGUGAUGGUCACCAAGCACCCACUUGGAUGGCUAUAAAAGAGGAUCAAACAAAUUCACAGAGAAGUCUAUUGAUAUGACUGCUCUGCCUCCAUGUGUCUGAAUACUAGUUUCUGGAAAGCACAGGAGUGGAGAAUGAUGAUGAUGAUGAUGAUGAUGAUGAUAAUAAUAAUAAUAAUAUGCCACCCAUCUGACUGGUGUAGUUCAAGACAGAGUAACUUUCUGUGUUCUGUACUUCUGAGUUAAAGACUGCUUGACUGCGCAAUCGCAUCUGGCUGCUUGGAGUGGGGUGCUUUCAUUGAUGACAAUGAAGCAAGUUGCAACCCAGGGAUUCUUGGGGCACAGCUUUUCAACAGGGCAGUGAGGGUGGUAAGAUGUCUCAAGCCCCUAUCUGAGCCCUAGAUUUUGGGUGUUAGACAGGUAUGUCCCCAAGCUUGCAGAGAAUUCCCCAAAGCCCCUCUUGUUGGACUGUGUUGUUGGACUCCGGUUCUCGUCAGUCCCAACCCCAGGCAGUGGUGAGGGGUGAUGGGGGAUGGAGUUGAACAUCCGGAGAGCCACAGAUUCCCCAUUCCUGCUGCAAUGGCUAGAACAGCCACCAACCCACCAACCCCAGGUUUUCACUUUCCAAGCACUUUGGACUACUUUGGGCUGGUGGGAAUUGCAAUCCCAAACAUCUUUCAAGUCGGUCAGUGGUGAUUUUUUACUAUCAUCCUCUCCUGAGUCAACAUUCUUGAGAAAGUGCCCUCAUGCAGCCACUCCUGCAAAUCUACAUUUUAAAGCAAAUUCUUUUUAAAAUGUGGGGAAAAAAUUAUAAAUAUGAGCACAGGGGGGUUCUGAAACAUCGGAGAACGGCAGGAUAUUUUCUUAUCAACACAGCAGCUCUCUGCAUCCCCCUGCUCUUAAUGUGGCUCUUUAAAGUGCUGCUAUUGAUUUUGCCCACAGACACCAGAGGUAAUUUCCAACUUCUCUUUUCAAUCUGUCUACAGCUGAACAUUCUCAAGGAGAUCCACCAAGACGAGUUGGGGCGCAUCUCUGAGGAUCUGGAAGACGAACUGGGGGCUCGAUCAAGUAUGGACAAGAAAUUAGCUGAGUUGCGAUCAGAGGUGAGAAUUAGGGGAAAGUUGACCUGGAAACCUGCAAGAACAGCAGUGUCCUUUGUGUUUCCCCAUUGCUCACUUAGUUGCCCCCCUAAAGUGUGGUGUAGUGCUUAGAGUGUCGGACUAGAGCGUGAGACACCAGGGUUCAGAUCCCUACUCAGCCAUGAAGUUCACUGAGUAUGAUCUUGGGCGGGCCAGUCAGUGCCUCUCAGCCUGCCUAACCUACCUCACAGGGUUGUUGUGAAGAGAAAAUAGGGAAGGGAGAGGACCAUGUACACCACCUUGAACUCUUUUGAGGAAAAGGCAUCAUAUAAAUAUAAUAAAUAAAUAAAUAAACUGAGCUCCAAACAUUUCUUUUGUGGCUCUGCUAGUACAAAAACUUUCAGACUUGUUCCUUUUGACAUCUGGAGAUGUGAGUUCAAAUUCUGAGGCAGACGUGGUGAUUUGUUUGUCUGUUUGCCGUGGUGUUUGACUCGGUUGCAGGCGGCCAGUGUUAAGUUGCCUUUUUGGUCCACACACAGCUUGGAAGAGAUGUCACUGAGACAUUGGGCUGCCCCAAAUGGCAAAGUCGCAGAAAGGGUGGUGGAGGAGCAUUCUUUGUAGACAGAAGGUCCCAGGUUAACUUCCUGGCACCUCCGCUUCAGAAGAUUUCUGAUUGCUCAGCUGGAAAAGAUCUUGGCAGCGGCUCUCUAAGCCAGCAUUGGCCUAGGUAGAACCAAAGUCUCCACCCUUGGAAAGCUUCCUGUGUCCAUCCCAGUAACCCUUGCAGCAUCACAGAUUUGCACAUCACACAUGGCUUUAUUGGAUUAUAUAUAGAAUUAUAGCCUCUUUGGUAUGUGUUCUGUUCAGGCAGUGAAAGUACAGACCUUUUCACUGGUGGCCCCUUGGCUGUGGAAUAUUCUUGCCAAGGAGGCCCACCUAAUGCCAGCAUUGUCCACUUUUAGGUGGCAGGCAAAGACAUUCCUGUUCUCUCAGGCAUCUGGAGACAUCAGGCAGCAUGUUCAGCUUGCUCUUUUGAACUGGCUACUAAUGCCCCAUGGGUAGUCUAAUGAACUGACCAGGACCUUGCAGUUGUCAUCUGAAGAAGCCCUUCUUCAUGUGCCCCCUCCACAGAAGGCCGGAAGGUGGCAACAUGAGGAACGGGCCUUUUGAGUGGUGACUUCCCGCUUGUGGAAUGCUCUGUCCAGCAAGUCUCUCUUGGCGCCAUUGUUACAUGUCUUCAGGCACCGUGAGAAAACAUUCCUUUUUAACCAGGCCUUUGGCUUUUAAUUAUCUAUGUCCUCUUAGAAUGGGUGGGAUUUUUCUAAUGUAUUUUUCUCCUUGGUUUUAAUGUUACGUAUGUUUGGUUCGUUUUGUGCGUCUCGUUGAGUCACCAUGGCGGAAAAAGAAAAAGAGUGACUAGCAAAUUUAAUAAUGGGGAAGCUGGUUCCCGCAGACAUCUUUCCAGCAGCAAGACUGAUCCCCUUACACCCUCCUUUCCCCAAAGAUGGAGCGGCUCCAGGCCGAGAACGCGGCGGAAUGGGGCAAGCGCGAGCGCCUGGAGACAGAGAAGCUUAAUCUGGAGCGAGAGAACAAGAAGCUGCGGGCGCAGAUUGAGGAUGUGGAGGAGGUUCUGGCCCGGAAGAGGAGGCAGACGGUCAGCGCCCUCGACACCGAUUUCAAGACCAUCCAAGCGGAGCUGUUUGAGAAGAACAAGGUGACAUAAGCUUAAGGGAGGGAGAUCACCCUGGGGGCAGAAGGUGGUAUUUCAGACCUCAGGGAACCUCACUUGUCAAAGCUGACCUUUGGACACUGCAAGAAGCUGAUCUCACUGCUGCUUUACUCAGCUGUGACUUUCCUAAAUAAAUAACUGGGACCCACUCCAAAGCACUGCAGUAGGGAGCUCUCCUGUUCUUGUGUUCCAGCCCGUCAGCUAUGUGUUCUUCCAGGAUACUCCAAUCCGUUCUAUUUCACACGCAAGUCAGUAUUCUGCUGCCCCCUGAGCAUGCUGGAAAGCUCACUGGGCUGUUUUUAUUUCCUUCUCCAUGCCAGGUAUUUUUUCUAAAGAGUUUUGUACUUCUACACACACAAACAUACACACAUUUCUGUUCUCCAUCCAGACAAGGAAGAAUAUUAUCGGAGUUCGGAGACAUAUUUCAGCCAGGCAGAAACACUCAAAGAGGAGCCAAGCCAAGUAGAGCAUGAGACUCUUAAUCUCAGAGUUGUGGAUUUGAGUCCCACACUGGGCAAAAAGAUUCCUGCAUUGCAGGGGGGUUGGACUAGAUGACCCUUGUGGUCCCUUCCAACUCUACAAUUCUAUGAUUCUAUGAAGGCUGAUGGGGUUUAUUUUAAGAGGCGCAUCAAAGGUUGCUUUCUCACAGUCAACACCAGGGGGCAGCCAACCCUUUCCAUUUGCAGAGAUAAAGAUAGAAGACCAAUUCAAAGUAAUUUCCACAGGGCUGCUGCCUUACUCUGUUGCAGCAAAAACAAUAUAGAGCAGCCUUCCCCAGGCCUCUGCCCUCCGGAGAUGCUUUGCACUAAAAUUCCCAUCCGUAGCACUGAAUGAGACCGAUGGGAGUUGCAACCCUAAACAUCUCUGGAGAAAAGCUGACACAAGAGUCUUGUGGCAUAAACAGGUGCCUCAUUAAAUCUGUUCGUCUUUUAAGUUGCCACAGACUUUGGUUGUUGUUUUCUGUGCAGAAUAGGGACUUGGUAAGAGACACUCAGGAUUCCUCUAGAUGACCUGUUUAUUGAGCAUUUGUCCAGAUUUAAUUUCACAAAGCUUGCACAGAGGUUUAUACAGUGGUACCUCGGGUUAAGAACUUAAAUCGUUCUGCAGGUCCGUUCUUAACAUGAAACUGUUCUUAACCUGAGGUACCACUUUAGUUAAUGGGGCCUCCCGCUGCUGCUGCGCCGCCGCCGUGCAAUUUCUGUUCUCAUCCUGAAGCAAAGUUCUUAACCCAAGGUACUAUUUCUGGGUUAGUGGAGUCUGUAACCUGAAGCGUCUGUAACCUGAAACGUUUGUAACCCGAGGUACCACUAUACAAUAUUGGCACUUUUGGUUGAAUUUGUUUGCAGAAAGGUUACACCUCUUCUAAUCAAUCGAUGGUUAUCCCAUGCUUUUUGAUGCAUUUCCUCAUCACUUCCCUAACUGCAAAAACAAACUUGUAUUUCCAGUAUGCAAUUAAAUUCCUCUUGCAAAAUACUGAUAGUUUGGGGGGUGAUGCUCAGAGAUCCUUAAGAAUGAAACACACAAAUUGCACAUCCUCUUUGAAGGUGGCACAAGAGUAGAAACCACCACUUUUCCCUUUAAAAUACAGGGUGGGGGUGGGGGACUAGGCAAAGUGGCGCUAUUUUUUGUAGCACAUGCAAAACACACCCUAAGCAGCAGGCUUCCUUUCUCGGAGAAGAUUGAGUACUCCCUCACCGCCGUUCCCUCCCACAGGAACUGGCAGAUCUGAAGCAUGUCCAUGCCAAGCUGAAGAAACAGUGCCAGGAGAAGAUGGCCGAGCUGGCCCACGCGAACCGCCGGGUGGAGCAGCACGAGGGCGAGGUGAAGAAGCUGCGCCUGCGAGUCGAGGAGCUCAAGAAGGAGCUGGCCCAAGCGGAGGACGAGGUAACCCUUUGCACCUUCCACACUUGUGUCCCCUUUCCUUGACCUUGCAGCAGCUUCUACUCUGGGGAACAGGUGCUCACUGUUCCAGGAUGGUUUGGGACCUGCUUCUGUCCUUUCACUCAACUCCCCACCCACCUCCUCCUCCUGCUGUUGUCCCUAUAUGAUGACAGCACAGGCUGUUUCAUCUGGACAGGCCUGCAUAUUUCAACAGUAACACAGCAGCAUCAGUUCCUCCUUGCUCAAAUAUGGGUACCAUUCAGGGCAUGGCUUUUGAAACUCUAAAUUCCUAUGGAGCCUGGCAUAUUUAAGAUAAUGUCUAUUAUCUCACGAGCCCAGGGAAGUGAUUUGCUUAGGGUUACCCUCAGUUUGGGUAGCUGGAUUGGUAGAAAUCAUCCUUCCCCAGCCUGGGUAUCCCCUCCAGAUGUUCUGGAUUACAGCUUUCGAAAUGAUGCAGUUAUGUGCCUUUGUAUGCCACAUUUUGCAUGAUCUGUGUGGAGAAGGGCUUGGCUCAGUGGUAGAGCGUGUGCUUUUGCAUGUGAAAGGUCCCAGGUUCAAUCCCUGACGUCUCCAGCUAUGGCUGGGGAAGGGUCCUCUGUCUGAGAUCUCAGGGUUAGGGCUACCAGCCAGAGCAAAAAUAUACCAGUGAUCGGACUCAGUAUAUGCCCAAUUGUGAAAAGUCAUAUGAGAGUCAAGAACAAUUCUUGGCUUUUCCUACUGCCCAUUUGUCUGCAUGGCUGUUUUAUCGCAAGCUGGGCUUGCACAGCUUGGUGACCCACAACUAAUCCAAACACAACCUCACAGUUUGGUAAUCCCUUCUGCUUUUUGUUGGCUGCCUGGAACUGCAAGGAUGAUGGGAGGGGAGGAUAUCAAGGAACCGGCAGGCUGGCAGAUGUGGCUGCAGGGUUCUGCAUUCUGCUUGGUACUGGCCUUGUUGCAAGGUAUGGAGAUAAGUGAAGAUGGAUUGGACCUUUCCCGGAACCCCAGUCCCCCAAAAAACAAUGUACUUGUGUUAGAGGACACUGUGUGUUGAGCCCAAAAUUCAUUUGAAUUACCCGUGCACGAGCUACCGCUUCUGAAGAGGCAAGCAGUAUUUCAAAACCAAACAGCUGAUUGCCUCUUUGGGAGCGAGAGCUGUGUCAGAGCAAGAUCAAACUGCACACAAGGUGUGUGUAAAUUACCACUAUGGCUUGUGUGCUGCUGAUUCUAGCAUCCAACUUAAGACUUGGCUGCUGGUGUCUGGCUAACAAUAAGGCAAAAAGCGUGCUGGUGGUGAGGGUUCAACUCCACCUUCCCCGACUGGGUUGCUGCCCUCACUUGUCUUGUGUUUCUGUCUGCUCUGCAGCUUGACGAGGCCCACAACCAGGCACGGAAAUUGCAGAGGUCGCUUGAUGAGCAAACAGAGCAAAGUGAGAACCUCCAAGUUCAGCUGGAGCACCUGCAGUCCAGGUAGGGGGAAGCAAAGAUCAGGCUAGGGAAGGUGAGAGAUGAGCUCAGGGAUGGAGGAAAAGGGACUCGGAUGAUGUGGUGGGCAUGAUAAAGCAAGCGGUGGAUCUACAGUACUUGGGGAUUGAUGUAUUAAGAGGCAGAGUAUUUGAGGCAGGGGAAUGAAAUUCUAUCCCUGCAAAGUUGUCUUCCGCUUUUGCACGGUGGGCUGUUUAUUUUACACAUACACAUUCAUUGUUUGAUGACUGUGACAUCAGGUGGCACAACCAGAUGCAAAACCCAAAGUAUUCAUCCGUGCACGAGUAAAGGUGCUGCGUACGCAGCCAGUUUUUCUUUUGCGGUUUUCUCUGCAGCAGCUCUUGAAGAGGCAUGCCAUUUUUCAGUGUUUUAGAAAGGCUUGCCUCUUUAGGAAGCUGCUGCAGAGACAAUUGAAAAUAAUUUAUUGCUGGACAUGCAUCACAUCUUCUUCAUUUGGGUAUGCCCAGGGUAGAGAAAUUGAAUGACACCUUCCUCCUGUGUGCCUGCAGGCAGGGGUGGCUUUCUUCUGCAGCAUUUAGCUUGGCUCACUUACUUGAGUGGUCUUUGGCUAUUUGUUCUCCCUGCACUUUUCUCUCUGCUCUCUGAUGCGCUUGCUCUCUGUUCGUAGCAUGCUGUGGUUCAGAUUGCAUAAUCCAGGGCUGGUAACAGGGUGAUCCACAAAGGCAGAAUUAAUGGACAACAGAAACACAGACUUCCUGGAUUAGCAAACUGCUUUAGGUGGCUGCAAGUACAAUCCUAACCUCUGUCAGGCACACCAAGUAGACCCCAAUACAACCUCUUGCUCACUGAACCAGUUUAGGAUCCAGUGGAUCCGUGGCUGUCUCAGCUCUGCUCUCUCCUUGCCUCUGAUGGCUUUACACAGAUUUCUGUAACCAGGUGCCCUCCAGACGUUUUGGAUUACAUCAGCUGGCUGGGGUUGGUGGGAGCUGCAGUCCAAAGCAUCUGAAGGACAGUCUGUUGCAGACGGCUGCAUUAUUAUUACUUACAUUUGUAUCCCACCUUCUUUCCUCCAAAGAGCUCACAGUUCUCCUCCUACGCAUUUCAACCUCACAACAACCCUGUGAGGUAGGUUAGGCUGAGAGCGCAUGACUGGCCCAAGGCAACCCAGUGAAUUUCAUGGCCGAGUGGGGAUUUGAACCCAGAUCCUAGUCUGAAACUUUAACAACCAGACUAGCAUCCUUUGCCUUUUAACUCCCUUCCUGGAUUUGUUCCACGCAUCCUCCAGUUCCUAGUUUUCCUUCCCCACCAGACGCUGAAGUUGAAAUCUUGACCUUUUUUAAAAAAGCAUCCUCCUGAACCAACUCCUGGUAGUUUGCGAGCACAAGAGAACAUGCAAAUCAGCUGUGGGUUAAUUUAGACUGCAAACGAGAGUGAGUGCUGGGGCGUUAGCUCUUAAGCGCUGUUCGAAGACUAAUUGGACGAACUGUUGUCUCCCUGGAGGCUUUGCAGAAGCGGGAGUCCUUUCCAGGAAAGGAAGGUUGCAUCAAAGGGUUGAAAGGGGGUGGGGAGGGGAGCCAGGUGGGAGAAUGAUCUCAUUGAUAAAUUGGAGGAGAGCAUCAAGGGGAACUCUUCAAAUUGCAGCCAUCCGUUUCUCAGCAGCUUACCUGUCAGCCGCGGGCUGCGGAUGAGAGGGUGGGAGGGGGGAAGGAAUGUCGUGCCUGAUCAGCAGAGAACAGUGAUGGAUGCUACAGAGCCUGGAGGGUGGCUUUCGGUCACCCUCGCCCCAUUUCUCUCUGUCAUGUUCGCUGGAGGCAGGUUGGGAGGUUAAAUGUGGGGGGGACUCAAUCCUUUAACCCAUGUGGUUAGGGCCUUGUCAAAUGCACUGAGUCAGUUCCAACCCUGGGGUCCCUUGCAAUCUCCCUGUGGAUACUAGGGUGUGCCGAUUCCCCAGUGCCCUUAAAAACAUUCCCCCGGCACCACCGCCUUCAAUGACAGCUGCAGCCGCUUCUGCAAUCAGCUUGGCCCUGCCAGUGGUUGUGAAACAAAACAUGACUAAAGGCAGGGGAAAGCUGCUUGAUUUUUAGGUGAUCAUAUUUCGCCCCACUUAACAGGGGGAACAAAUGUGAGCAGGGCUUGUUUGCAGGUCCCAGCCUGGAAUUCUGGGGUUGGCUCCAGAGGCUGGCAGGCUUCAGCAUUUUCCUGUGCCCCCGAGACUGGUAAAGGGCUCACAGACUCAGCAUUGCUCAUCAGCUGGGAAGAACCAGCUGAGGAAACUCCAAGGGAAGAAGGCUCAGAGCCCAGGGGGGGACAAGGACGAGUGGUCAGAGGGAGAGGAGGGAACAGAGUGAAUUGGACAAGAUGACGCUCAGGGACCCUUUGGCCUGAUCUUGCAGGUUUUCUUACAGAGGCCAAAAUGAGCUCCUGUCUUCUGAAUUGCAGGGAUCUCAUUCCUUCCAAGUGCCCUGGGGGAAAAACAGGACAGCCUGUUUUUCAAUCAAGAUCUCGGCAGCCAUUUCGGGUGCCGUGAUCUCGCACUGUGCUCUUACCCCAAAAAAGUGCUUUUUCCAGGGCUGCGAGAGAUCUUGCCACCCCCCAAAGUGCUUUGGGAGUGGGAAAGACGAGAGUGAGAUCUGGGUCAAGUGACUCACCGGGAGCACAUCCCAGAAGACCCACGUCCCCAGUUUUGCCUUAGAAAAAGUUGGAUGGUAUGGAAUCUGUGGGGUUCUCAACAAGUUCUUUAAAAAAAAUGGGUUAGGUAGAGCGAGGGGAGAUACAGUAAAUGAUCAAAGAGUUGGAGCUCCUUCCCUCAAGAGGUUAGGCAGUAAAGGAGACUGGAUAGACAUUUACAAGAGUGGAAUGUUGCCAAGGAACUGGAAACACUGGACCAGCAGGAGUUGGAAGGUGAGUGGCAGAGGCCCCUUGCACAUGCUCUCCUCUUCCACUAGAGGGAGUGGAGGGCCUUGCGUGGGAAUGAUGAACAGCAAGAGGGAGAGAAAGGGGUCUCAAGGGCGCCACCCACUUCCUCAAGGAGAUCUAGAAACAUGGAAGGAUGAGGGUCAGAGGGCCCAUGGCAUGCUAAGUGAAGCACCUUUAAGAAAUACUUUCGUUUUAUUGCCUUUAAAAAGUUUUUUUUUAAAAAAAAUGCAUGCAUGUUUCUCUAGCAAUAAAACACUGGGUUGCCUGCCAGACAAAUCGAUUCUGCUCGAUCCAAAGAGCUUUUGAGGAGGCAGCUGAGCUCUAAAAGAAAGAAAGGAAAGAAAGCGAUGAUUUUUAUCUCCUCCUUUUUAUUGGGGAGGUUGGCAUUAAAUCAUACGAGAAUAAUGGAGCCUUCCCUCCCCCUCCCUCGCCAAGCCCACCACCCUCUUUCCUUAAAUAAUUCAUGCCUUUUUCCAGUAAAAAGCAACUGGAGUCAGAGGCUGCCACACCUAGAGAAUUAUCGGAGCGGCGUCCUCGCGAGCUCCUGCAUGGCUUCAGAUGGGAAAUCCAGCACAUAAAUUUCCAUGGGUGGAAUUUAAUGCUGGGAUGAUCAGGGAGCUGACAGUGCUGAGAAUGCCUCACUGGCGAGGCUGAAGGGUAACAAGGCCCCCUAGGAAGGGAGCAGAGGGGCUGAGACGCUGCUUUGCUGUCUAGGAACCGGCGACAGUCUCCGGGAGCUAUGGGCUCCUCCAAAACCAGUCCCAGCAAUUGCUCAUAGCAGCAAACGUUUUCUGCGUUCCCACCAAAGCAGAGCCUUGGGACCCCUCUGCAGUGUCAUGAGUCUGCCUGCCUCUUAGUUCCCAAGCCAGGCUCAAGGCCUUUCUGUUGACAUGAAAAGCCCUAAGCAGUUUGAAACUGGGAUACCCAAUACAGGGAGUGUCUCCCCAAGUGCAGACCAGACUGAGGUUUAAAAUCCGCUGGUUGUUAGUGGGCCUUCUCAGUGGUAGCACCACCACUGGCCCCUUAGGAAUGCCCUCCUCUGGGUGGUUCGAGGGGCAGAGGCAGAGUUUUAAAUGUGUCUUAAAGACCUCUAUGUUUCCUUCAAGACUCUUGAUUCCUAUUUUUAAAACUCUACUGCCAUGCAAUUUGACCUAGGUUAUAAAGCAGGCACGGGGGCCCUCUGGCCUGUGGGCAAAUUAGACCACACCAAGCUUCUAAUCUGGCCCACAAGGCUGUUUCCCAGCCCCACGGCCAUGGCUACCUGUCACUCAUCCGAUACCAUGUGUGGGGCAGGUGAAUCCACAGCUGCAAAGGCACAAGCCUAUACCCUCGUCUACAACAGCCAGGUUUGGGGAUCUCCACAGGCUGCUGCCAGGCAGGAUCCUGCACAUUCAGUGUCUGGAACAGGAAAUUCCACAAUGGCAGAGGGUGGCAGGACUGGCUAGAGGGGCACAUCUACCCAAUCCAACACCAGACCAGCACAAAGAGGUUUUGGAUUACAGCCGAAGACAGAGGGAAGGCAACUUGCCCAGAGCUACCCAGUGAAUUCAUGGCAGAGGCAGGAUUCGAACAAGGGGCUCCCUGAUUCAUAACUCACCACACUACACCAGAAAACCAAGCCUUUCGUGAACCUCCCCAGAUUCACUGUAUCUACACAGGUGCUGCACCUAAUGUGUCCUCAAUACCCACUUGUUAACACCCGUCUUUCCUCCACCACUGUCCCAUCUGUCUAAAAAGGACAUCUGGGUAAUUGCUUCUCUCUUUGGUUUACAACCUACUACACCACCAGUAUUAAACAGCCAUGAUUUGUAGCAGAAGGGGGUUUUUUGAAGGGGGAAGGAGGGCGCAGGAUUAGCAACAAUUCUAACAGAGAGGUUUUCUUUCCCUAUUGUGUUGUAAAAUGGGAAGGGUCAGUUCUCUUCUACGCAGACACAAGAAUAAGAACUGUACAAAUAUAAACAAUUCUCACAUAAAGCCCUAAUUACGUGAGACAACUAAUUGCUGGCGGUGUUUAUAUUAUUAGCGUAUUAUUGGACUACUGAAUACGGGGGUGUUAGAUGUCUAAGUUCAGCCCGCAGGCCCCCGUGUCUGCCUUCCCACUCCUUGAUAAAAGCUUCCAGACAAUAAUGUGCUGUUGGUUAAGCACCCUGAAUCUGAAAAGGGUUUCGAGUGAACUUUGCUUGCUUUAAUCAAAAGUCUAUUAAGUGCUGCUUGGAGCCACUGAGGGACGGUCUGUCCAGAUCUGCCUUUAUCAGCAUGUAACACCCACUUAGUUGGAUGAAGUUUAAACAUGAAGCAGUAGCUGGGGGUGGGGGAAUAGAUUUAUUUAUAUCUCAUAGACCUUAAUGGGAAAGGUUAGUUUCUUGCUGAAUAUCUAAGCUAAAACAAAAGGAGGGGUUGGAAAUUGAUGAAUUAUUCAGUCUCCUCCACAGCCUUCCCCAGCCUCUGAAUGCCUCUGACCACAGUUUGCUGGGAAUCGCAGGAGGAGAGUUGCUCUCGUGCUUGGGUCCUACUUGCAGGUGUCCCAUUGGGGCACCUGGUUGGCCACUGUGCAAACAGGAUUCUGGGCUAGGUGGGCCUGAUCCAGCAGGCUCGACUUGUGUUCUUAACCUGCUGCCCUCCAGAUAUUUUGGACUGCAGCUUCCAUCUGCCGGCAUGGGAGCUGAUCUGCACAUGCAGGAAAAAGAAGUCAAACGUGCGCUACCACUUCAGGCUGCAGGGGGUGAGGGGGCAAGGCUCGCAUAUUUCUAUACUAUGUACAGUGUUCUUUUAUAUUUAAAAAAUGCCCUGCAAAUCAAAAAUGAGCACAACAGGAAUGGUUCUCUCCUGGCCUUUUGCCAGCUAUACUGUUUUGCUACUUGCAGAGGAUUUUUAAUGGGGGAGCAUUAAAAAGGUGAUUCCCCUACUUGUAGUUCAAAGCGAUGCAAUCUGCUGUUCUAUAUUUCAAAUGUUCUGCCACUUCAUUCAUUGUAUAGGACAGACCAAGCUUGAUUCCCUGGGAGCUUAAAAAAAGGUACUUGUUGGACCAGUUAUAGUUCAAACCUCCUUGAAUCAAGCUUUUGAGUUACACAGAAUUCCUCUUUGGGAACGUACCUUAAAUUCAGAACAAAGAUGAUGUUACAUGCCUAUGUCAUCCUGCACUUGUGUAUAUACUGUGGAACAGAGAAGCAUGCACAGAGGGCUCCCCCUGGGAGCGCAUACCAUGAACAUGGUUGCAGCAUAGCACCAGUGCAAGGGGUGCAUGGCCCAAUAGCCCAUAUAGGGCUAUCUUCAAACAUUCCUGUUUACCCCAGCAUUUGAUAGCUGAAAUAUGCUGUCGCUCUUCUGUUUUAUUGACUGUAUCACAUUGAAGGCCACUGGGUGAUGGGAAUGAAGGACACAAAUGCAACACGACCACCAAUAAUAAUAAUAAUCAUUGUUUAAUAAUAAUAGCCAAAAAUCUCAUUUCUCCUGGGACAGGCUUCGCCGUCAACAGAACAUCCCCCUUUUUGGGAAGAUUCGCGGUUCACGCUUUGGCCCUGACAACCCUGGUGAUGGCAACAGUGACCUGGAUGAAGACGAAGACCUGCAGAUCCAAGUUCCUUAG